AUGCUGGCUUGUGGCAUCAUCAGGUCUAGUUCUAGUCCUUUUUCUUCUCCAAUAGUGUUGGUAAAGAAAAAGGAUGGGUCUUGGAGAAUGUGUGUUGAUUACAGGCAGUUGAACAAUGCCACUAUAAAGAAUAAAUUCCCUAUACCUUUGAUAGAGGAACUACUGGAUGAGCUAUUUGGAGCAAGGUUCUUCACCAAACUGGAUCUGAGAUCUGGGUAUCACCAGGUCAGAAUGAAGGCAGAGGAUGUGGAAAAGACAGCUUUCAGGACUCAUGACGGCCACUAUGAAUUUUUGGUUAUGUCCUUUGGGCUGACUAAUGCGCCUUCAACUUUUCAAAGUUUGAUGAAUGACAUUUUCAGGCCAUUCUUAAGGAAAUUUAUUCUGGUUUUCUUCGAUGAUAUUUUGAUAUACAGCUGUGGUUGGGAGGAACAUCUACAACAUCUUAGGAUGGUGUUCGAAUUAUUAAGGCAGCAUACCUUGAAGGCAAAAAGAAGCAAAUGUACCUUUGCACAACAACAGAUUGAUUAUCUAGGCCAUGUCAUCAAUAUUGAGGGAGUUCAAGCAGACCCUCAGAAGAUUUCGGCAAUCGUGAGUUGGCCUCUUCCUCAGACAGUCAAGGAGCUAAGGGGGUUUUUGGGGCUCACUGGCUACUACAGGAGGUUCAUACAGGACUAUGGGAAAAUUACCAAACCAUUGACAGAAUUACUUAAGAAAAACCAGUUCCAAUGGCAUGAUGCAACUACUCAGGCCUUCAAGAACUUACAGGAAGCCAUGAGCAGUCCACCUGUUUUGGCUUUACCAGAUUUUACUCAGGAGUUCGUUGUAGAAACUGAUGCAUCUGGGAAUGGAAUUGGGGCAGUACUGAUGCAGCAUAAGCGACCUCUAGCCUUUUUCAGCAAGGCAUUGGGUCCUAAACAUCAAGCUCUGUCUGUAUACGUAAGGGAAAUGUUGGCUAUAGUGACUGCAGUGUUGAGGUGGAGAGCUUAUCUGGUGGGAAGGCAUUUUACUAUUAAAACUAAUCAUCAGAGCCUGAAGUAUAUAAUUGAGCAGAGGGUACACACACCUUUACAACAGAAGUGGAUAGCCAAGUUAAUGAGGUUUGACUAUGAGGUGCAAUACAAAAAGGGAUGUGAUAAUAUUGUAGCAGAUGCCUUGUCCCGACGGCCACUGGAGGGGGGUUCAAACUACACUCUAGUCACAGUCACAUCUUCAUUACUCAGGGAUAUUCAGCAAAGUUGCUCACAAGGGGGACACUCAGGAGUGGAUGUGACCUACAGAAGGCUCAAACAGGUUGUAUAUUGGCAGCACAUGUUUAGAGAUGUGGCUCAGUACGUAGCCUCCUGUGACAUUUGCCAAAGGCAUAAAUCAGAUAAUGCACCCUACCCUGGACUCCUACAACCUUUGCCUAUAUCCCACAGGAUCUGGACAGACAUCUCCAUGGAUUUUAUUGAAGGAUUACCACCCUCUCAUGGCAAGAAAGUGAUCUUAGUGGUGGUUGAUCACCUCAGCAAGUACGCCCACUUUAUAGCAGUGGCUCACCCCUACAUAGCCAUCUCCAUCGCUCAGUUGUUCAUGGAUCAAAUUUACAGGCUCCAUGGGUUACCUCAAACAAUCGUCAGUGAUAGGGAUCCUACUUUCUUGAGUUCAUUUUGGCAGGAGCUAUUCAGGUUACAGCAUGUUCAGUUGAAUAUGUCCGCUGCUUACCAUCCUCAGAGUGAUGGACAAACGGAGGUGGUUAACAGGUGUCUAGAGAAUUACCUGAGGUGUAUGGCUAGUGAUCACCCUAAGGAGUGGACCUCCCCCUAUUCAUAUUCCUUACUUACCGGAAGCUACAACGGUCGAACUGUGGAUAGAAGCUUACAUGCAAGGGAGAAAGUCAUCCACUCCCUGCGACAUAAUUUGACUAAGGCGCAGCACAGGAUGAAGCAGUUGGCAGAUAAACAUAGAUCAGAAAGGGAGUUCAGCGUUGGUGACUGGGUCUAUGUCAAGCUUCAACCAUAUCGGCAACAUUUGUUAAGGACUCAUCACUGUCAAAAAUUAUCUCCACACUACUUUGGCCCAUUUCAAGUACUGGCAAGGAUGGGUGCAGUGGCUUACAAGUUGGCACUUCCUUCGCAUGUUCACAUUCACAACACCUUCCAUGUUUCGGUGCUCAAGAAAAAAAUGGGCACAGGGGUCACUCAUACUCACAUUCCAGCUGGAGUCUCACGCCAGGGUCAGCUAUUGUUGGAACCCAUUGCCAUAUUAGACAGGCGUUUGGUCAAGCGUGGUAGGGUGGCAGCAACUCAGGUAUUAGUCCAGUGGAGUAACAGCUUCCCAGAGGAUGCUACGUGGGAAUACCUGCAGGACUUAAAGCUGCAAUUUCCCAACUUCAGUCCUUGA